UGUAGUUUUUAUAUAAUUUUUUGUUUUUUUUUCUUAAAUUUGCAAGUCCUAGUUAUACGCAAAUUAAAGUUUUUAGUGUUGAAUCCACUGAUAUUUGAGAAUGUUUAGUCUGCUGCCGCGCGGCUCGUACAUUGACGAGCGCAUUAGCAAGAACUAUGGCAAGGAGGUGCUGCUGGCCAAUUGGCAGGAGCUGCGCCUGGGCAGCGCUGAGAAGAACGAUUGCAUAUUGCCAGGACUGAAGCGUAUAGAUGCAUGCGAGAAGCACAUAACCGAAAUCAAUGAUAACUAUGUGCCGCCCUCUGUGCUGGAGGAUGCGGACGAUUCGACGCGACAGUUUCUGGGCGCACGCAACGAAUCGUUGCACAAUCACCAACGUAACAGACAGACCCAAGUGCGUUUCCCCCUGACCAAAGAUAUGAGCAGCAAUUUCACAACAACCUACACGAUCUUGUACGAGAUUGUGCCCAAGCAGCAGGCGCAAGCAACGGCGGCUGUGGAGCAGAGCGGCAAAGUGCCGGCCAAGAUAGAAGAUCGAGACCUGAUGCUCAGCUAUGGCAAUCGCAGCAAGACGGGCAAAUCUUGCCGGCUCAGGGCCGAGCUGCAGUUGGUGAAAUCGCAAAGAUUGGAAACAAGCUAUGCGGCCGAUUACAAAAUAAGCCAGCCGGCACUUAAAAACGCCGCAAAUGAGCAGCAAUAACAAA